AAUCUGAGCCAUUAACUGAUCAUACCAGAUGCAAUCCAGUUCACAAGCAAUGCAUCUUUCAUGUCCCAUUCAUACGUGAAGAGGCACCUGUCUGUAUCCGAACCACCGCACUUUAUUCCAUUUCACUGAUUGAAUUCUCUGAUGAUCACAAAGCCUGAACUAGAAAUAUAAUCCGCAUUUCACUCAAUACUGCUACCUUUUCCACUUUUGAGCUCUUUGAUCACUAUUCUCAGCAGUUCCCAGUCCCGGCAGGUUUCCUCUUCAGCUAUGUUAGAAGGCAAAGCGGUAGUUAACGAGACUGAUAUGCUUGAAACAAUGCAGCAAGAAGCACUCCAAUUAGCCGCCAAGGCUCUCGAUAUCUUUGAUGUCACUCAACCUACUGAAAUAGCUCAAUUCAUAAAGAAGGAAUUCGAUGAAUCGUAUGGAGCUGGGUGGCAAUGCAUAGUGGGAACAGAUUUUGGUUCGUUUGUGACACACAGCCAGGGGUGUUUUAUCCAUUUCUGCAUAGGUAGCCUUGCAUUCUUGCUCUUCAGGGGUGCAGCUAAUCUAGCCACCUCGGCGGAGCUAAAUAGGAUUCCUACAUUGGAGGCCUCAAAUGCAUAAGCUUUGCAUCAUAAUUCCCUUUCUUUAAUUUUCUGUUCAAUUCAUAUUGACAAAUAAAUAAAUGAAUGUCGAAGAACGGAUUCCAAGUUA